AUGGCUGAUUUCAACUGGCGCACAAUCAACAUCGACGCUCUCGAUCCCGAGUCCUCAACGAACUUCGACCUCUCCACUCUGACACCAGCUGUCCAGCCCGUCAGCCCGCAAGACGUUCAAGCCCUCAGCCAACAGAUCAGACAACUAUGGCGCGGAGGUGAUGCUGAGGGUGCUCUGCGCGGUGCCCUCGAGAACGCCCCCUACGGAGCCGAUGCUCAAUCCAAGGACUCAUACAUGCAGACCGUCACCGAAGUCUUGCAACAGGUCCGCAACGCCGACAUGGCUCCCUUAUUGCAGCGCAUCUACACAUCCGAAGGCGGCUCCGAGCUAUGCGACGGCAUGGCCACUGGUGCCUCCACCACCAACCCUUCCAAGAACGUCACACCACAAGUCACUGGCUUCUCCCAAGUUCAACCGCGCAACACUGCCGAGGGUCAAGGCGGAAACAUGGGUGUCUUNUUGAGUUGGCACGAGAAGGUUGUUGAAGUCGCCGGCCCAGGUACCAUCGUGCGCGUCAUGUCAGACCGCAGAACUGUUUAA